UAUGUGAAAAAAAAAAAAAAAAAAAUCGAAUUUUAUUCUUCCCAACCUAAUCAAUGGAGAAGUUGUUAGCACCAUCAUCAUCAUCAUCAUCAUCAUCAUCAUCGAUUGUGAGUGAUGUUUGGAGCUUCUCUCUCACCCUCAAUCUCAGCAUCUCAUCAUCGGUUUGUCCGUAUUAAUUAAUUAGUAUUGAUUUUGUUUUCAAGGGAGGUUUGUAUUGUAUAUGUGUGUUGUGGUCCCACUAUAAAAAAAAAAGAAAAAGAAAAAGAAGAUGAAUGUGGCUAAGUCUCAGGUCUGGCAACCUUGUAAGAAGAAGAGAUCUUGAUUUCGACUCAUACACAUACACAUACACAUACACACACAAUGGAUGGUAUUUGUAUAGUAUGAGAUUUGUGAGAUCUGGAUUGAGAUUCUGAAUUGAGAUUAGAGAGAAAAAGAGGCAUACACACCCAGGUAAUUUUGGAGAGUGAGUGAAAUGGCUUCGGGAUCGAGUGGGAGUGGGAGUAGCAGGACGAGAGUGGGGAGGUACGAAUUGGGUCGUACGCUCGGGGAAGGAACGUUCGCGAAGGUGAAAUUUGCAAGGAAUAUAGAAACUGGAGAGAACGUGGCUAUAAAGAUUCUCGACAAAGAGAAGAUUCUCAAGCAUAAGAUGAUCGCUCAGAUUAAACGUGAAAUUUCAACCAUGAAACUAAUCAGACACCCAAAUGUGAUUCGUAUGUAUGAGGUUAUGGCUAGCAAGACCAAAAUAUACAUUGUUUUGGAAUUAGUGACUGGGGGUGAACUCUUUGAUAAAAUAGCUAGUAAAGGGAGAUUGAAAGAAGAUGAAGCAAGGAAGUAUUUUCAGCAGCUCAUAAAUGCUGUGGAUUACUGCCACAGCAGAGGCGUUUUUCAUAGAGACCUGAAGCCGGAGAAUCUGCUGCUAGAUGCAAAUGAAGUUCUUAAAGUUUCAGAUUUUGGAUUAAGUGCUCUACCUCAGCAAGUUAGAGAAGAUGGGCUACUACACACAACCUGUGGAACGCCAAAUUAUGUUGCUCCUGAGGUGAUCAACAAUAAAGGCUAUGAUGGAGCUAAGGCUGAUCUGUGGUCUUGCGGUGUAAUCCUUUUUGUCCUUAUGGCAGGCUAUCUUCCUUUUGAAGAGUCCAACCUUAUGGCAUUAUACAAAAAGAUAUUCAAGGCUGAGUUCACAUGUCCUCCAUGGUUUUCCUCAAGUGCAAAGAAACUAGUAAAAAGAAUCCUGGAUCCUAAUCCCAUGACACGCAUUACCAUUGCCGAGGUCAUUGAGAAUGAGUGGUUUAAGAAGGGAUAUAAGCCUUCUGUUUUCGAAAACGAGGAUGUUAGUCUCGACGAUGUGGAUGCUAUUUUCAAUGAAUCAGGGGACACUCAAAACCUUGUCGUGGAAAGGCGGGAAGAACGACCUGCGAAUCCUGUCUCCAUGAACGCUUUUGAGCUUAUAUCUAAAUCUCAGGGUCUCAACCUCAGUUCUCUGUUUGAAAAGCAAAUGGGGCUUGUUAAGCGGGAAACAAGAUUUACAUCGAAAUGUCCUGCCAAUGAGAUUAUCUCCAAAAUUGAGGAAGCUGCUGCGCCUUUGGGUUUUGACGUGAAGAAAAACAAUUACAAGCUGAAGCUCCAAGGGGAGAAAACUGGGCGCAAGGGUCAUUUAUCUGUUGCAACAGAGAUUUAUGAGGUGGCUCCCUCACUUUGCAUGGUUGAGCUUCGCAAGGCUAGAGGGGACACCUUAGAAUUUCAUAAGUUCUACAAGAACCUCGCCACUGGUUUGAAAGAUAUUGUCUGGAAAUCAGGAGAUGAAACAAAAGAGGAAGCAAAUGAUGGUGUUCGCAUUGUGUCCUCUUGAUCAUCAGCUUCCUUUGAAACUAUUUAUAGGUGGCAUUUCACAGAAUUUCAAUCACUGCGCAUUUGAAUUGGUGCUCUUAGGCUUGCUGUAUUGUAUUUUGUUUGUUUGUAUGGUAUUGGGUAUUAGUUUUGUGUUGCUCAAGCAAUAUGCUUUCCUUGUUAAAUGGAAUGGUCAAUUAUGAAAUACGUUGGCAUUACUUGGAUUUUGAGUGGACAAUAUCUUAGCACCAUUUCUUUACAGAUAUCGAUCUAGUUGAAUU